GUGUCUGCUGGGUCUCCAUAUUCUGGAAUAUGUAAAAUUAAAGAUCAUUUUUUGAGUUUGACCACUUUGAGCACUUUUGUCUUUUUGGCCGUAAAGAAUAUAAAAGAACCAGAUUUAAUACCGGGCAGAUAACCGUAUCAACAUAUGAGGUAAAAGUACAUAAAAAAAGCUGAAUUAAAACUAAGUGUUAAGAAAGGUGAAGCACUAGAGCGACAUGAGGAAAAAGCUCUCGAAUAUGAUCAAUCUUCUCUCUUUGGGGAGUCUGCUGACCAUUAUUAUCUGGUACAAGUUCGAGGACAGUUUUGUCGAGCUUCACCGACCAAAUCCUCAAAGAAGUGCCCCAAAGCCCUCUGAACUUUGCAAAGGCUGCAAGGAAGUCAUUGAUGAAGUGAAAAAGCUCUACAAUCAAACGUGGAAAAAGCAUGAGGAGAAUUACCAAAGAUUCAAAUUACAGGUGAGAAUUAAUGGCGAUGGAUCCAACAAUGCCAUUGUCACUCAGGAAAACACUCCAGUGGGAUCUAAGAUUGUUUGUCACAGGGACAGAACCGUCAUCCCUGUGACUCCAGAGCUUUUCAAGAUCUUAAUAAAAGAGAAUCCUUUCUCAAAAAAGAGAUGGGACACUUGUUCAGUUGUUGGGAGCGGUGGGAUUCUGACAAACAGCGGCUGUGGAAAAAUGAUUGAUUCAACUGAUUUUGUUAUUAGGUGCAACCUUCCUCCUCUGGAAAAUGAAUUUAAGAGUGAUGUUGGCAUGAAGACUAACCUUGUGACAGCAAAUCCAAGCAUCUUAACAAAGAAGUAUGGGUCACUGAUGGCACGUCGACGGGCGUUUGUAGACAGUCUCCACCAGUAUGGCAACUCCCUGCUCCUCUUUCCUUGCUUCUCUUCUAGUGGUAGUCGUGCAGCGUGUCAGCGGGCUGUGUAUGCCAUUGAGGACAUGGAAAUUCCUGUCCAACCAAUCUUCAUAAACCCUCAGUACUUACAAAGUAUGGACAAAUUCUGGAAAUCUCAGGGGGUAAAUGGACAUCGGCCUAGCACUGGAGCAUAUAUGAUUAGUCUGGCUUUGGAAUUAUGUGAAACUGUUCAUCUUUAUGGAUUCUGGCCAUUUAGUAAUCAUCCAUAUAAGCUCUUUCCCCUGACUAACCACUACUAUGAUAAUGUACCCUAUAAUAGUAGAAUCCAUGCAAUGCCAGAUGAGUUUUACUACUGGGUGCAACUGCACAACAAGGGCAUUCUCAAACUUCAUCUUGAAGACUGUAAAUCAGAUCAGGCCUAGUUUAUAUGAUGGAAUAAAAUAAAAAAGAGGUACUCUUCCUUUGAAAGAGCCAAGAGCCUUCCUUUCCACUUCCUCCAUGUAAAGGUUGGCUGUGUAGCAGGUUGAAAAAGCUACAUGUUUAUUUUUGUAAGAAAACCAAUUACCCCUUUAUUUUUUGUUUAUUAUUGUGACUUAUUUUGACAUUGUUAUGUGUUGCCAGACCAUGGUUAUAUUUCAUUAUGCUAGUAGAUGGUGGUCUUGCACUGCUGUGGAACUACCAGAGACUCUAGCUAUAGGCUCUGCGCAUGCGCAGCUCAGAAAUAAAUGAGCUCCGGCCUGAGCAAGACGCUAACUUCGGUGUCCUCUCUAUUAAUCCACAGGUACUGACAAACAAACUUUUAU